AUGUGUGGGCCUCUAUAUAUGCUCGUACGCAUCCUCGCGCGCAGUGGACGGCGCGCACGCAACGCGACAAUUGAUAGGAUCCUUCAAAAUAUUCAUUACAGUAAUUAAUUAGUUUUGGAGUGAAAGUGACAGCAAAAUACACCUACACGAAACACGUGGCAAUGAAAAUGAAGUUGUUUGUCGCAAUACUUUCACUGAUUUUUACGCUAGCCUGUGCAAAAUAUACACCUGAAGGCUACGUGGUGGACAAGUCGUCGAACAUCGCUUACAAGCUGGUGUACCAGGCGCAGACGUGGCCGGUGGCGCGGGACCGCUGUGCUGAGGAGGAUGCCAAGCUGGCGGUGCCGAAGACAUUAGAGCAGUUCCAGUUCAUGCAGCGCCUGGUGCGCGCCAUGCAGUACUCCAGCAUCAGCGGCAGCGAGUACCGGCUGGUGGUGUGGCUCGGCAUACACAACCUGCACGACUACCGCCGCUGGCAGAACGUUGAUGGUGAGGACAUAGAGGAAACCGGCUUCCACAAGUGGGCCCGCGGGAACGGGGACGGAUACAGCGACGCACCGGAAGAGCCUCACUGCGCCGGGCUGGACGCCGUCAACUGGCUGCGCGACUUCUGGUGCCACCAUCGACAACCAUACAUAUGCCAGAUUAAACUGUCAUAACACCAA